AUUCUAAGCAACCUUUCUAACGCACCUAUGCUUCAAAUUCCUUUAUUUUUAAUUUUUUUAACCAUAUACCUAUUUGCUCUUGUUGGAAACUGCACAAUAAUCAUUAUCAUAAUUAAGCAUCCGCACCUCCAGACACCUAUGUACUUCUUUAUUGGAAAUUUAGGAAUAUUGGAUAUCUUUUACAUCUCAACAACUGUCCCUAAAAUGUUGGUCAAUUUUCUAAGAGCAAGAAAAUCUAUCUCAUUUGUUGGAUGUGUACUCCAGCUUUAUUUUUAUCUUGUAAUGGCUGCUACAGAAUCCACUCUUCUCUCCACCAUGGCCUAUGAUCGAUUUGUGGCUAUAUGUAAACCAUUAAGAUAUCUUGCAAUCAUGAAUCAGAAAUUUUGUUUACAGUUGGCCACAUACUCCUGGAUUAUCGGGUUUAUCUAUUCUGCCAUACAUACUUUUCACACCUUUCAAUUAAACUUCUGCAGAUCCAAUAUAAUUGAUCACUUUUACUGUGACAUUCCACCACUCUUGAAGAUUUCAUGCUCUGAUACUAUUACUAGUGAGAUUGUGGUCUAUGUAGUUGGAGGGCUGUUAGUUUUGAUUUGUUUUCCACUUAUUAUUGUCUCUUAUGUGUUCAUAAUUCAAAAUAUCUUGAGAAUACCAUCUGCUAGAGGACGCAGUAAAACAUUCUCCACCUGCAUAUCUCACCUAUUGUCAGUCAGUCUGUUUUAUGUUAGUGGUAGUUUUGCAUAUUUCCGACCCAUGUCUUUAAAUGCUAUGGCUCAAUAUAAGAUUAACGCUGUGUUUUACACUAUCAUACCCCCGAUGAUUAAUCCACUAAUAUACAGCCUGAGAAACAAGGAGUUAAAAAAGGCAUUAAGAAAGGUGCUGCAGCAGCAGCAGCAGCAGUAG